UCUCUUACCAGUGACUAAUUUUCUUCUGUAGGUUCUGUAGUUGAAUUUGAAUGUUUAUGGACAUUGAAGGUGUGGACAUACUCCUUAAGCUUGCACGAAAUGGAAAUAGACGUUAAAGAAAACUCCCUGUCAGUCGAUCCAACGAAAAUUAGUGGGAAGAAAGACAAUAUGCCAUGGGUAGAAAAGUAUCGCCCAGUAACUUUCAAAGAAAUUGUUGGCAAUGAAGAUGCAGUUGGCAGAUUGGAAGUUUUUGCAAGAGAAGGGAAUACUCCGAAUAUCAUAAUUGCUGGGCCUCCUGGUGUGGGGAAAACAACCACAAUUCUUUGCCUAGCUCGCACCCUGCUUGGACAAAACUACAAAGAUGCUGUAUUAGAACUUAAUGCAUCAAAUGAAAGAGGAAUUGAUAUUGUGAGGAACAAAAUCAAAAUGUUUGCCCAACAAAAAGUUACUUUACCAAAAGGCAGACAAAAAAUAAUUAUAUUGGAUGAAGCAGACAGCAUGACUGAAGGUGCCCAACAGGCUCUCCGACGUACCAUGGAACUGUAUAGUAAAACAACGCGGUUUGCAUUGGCCUGUAAUACUAGUGAUAAAAUUAUAGAGCCGAUUCAGAGUCGAUGCGCCAUGAUUAGAUAUGGAAAAUUAAGUGAUGCGCAAAUUCUUGCGAAGAUGAUAGAAGUUUGUCAACUAGAACAUGUCAGUCACACCGAUGAUGGACUAGAAGCAAUUGUCUUUACGGCACAAGGGGACUUACGACAGGCAUUAAACAAUCUGCAGGCAACAGUACAAGGCUUUGGUCACGUAAACAGUGAAAAUGUUUUUAAGGUAUGCGAUGAACCUCAUCCCAUGUUAAUCAAAGACAUGAUUGACCACUGCGUAAAAGGAAAUAUCGACGAUGCCUAUACGAUUAUGGCGCAUUUGUACGAAUUGGGAUAUGCAGCUGAAGACAUCAUAUCCAGCGUGUUUCGAGUGUGCCGAAAUCACACCCUUCCAGAAUACAUUAUGCUUGAGUUUAUCCAGGAAAUAGGGUUAACGCACAUGAAAAUAGCUCAAGGGCUGGGUUCGUUACUGCAAAUGUCUGGCUUGCUUGCGCGAUUGUGCAAGCGAGUGAUCGCCCCUGAAAAGUUUUCCAUGUGAGCCUCCUGUUCAAAACAAAUAAAGUAAAACUUUUUGUGAAAAAAAAAAUAAAAACAGAAAAAACAGCCCA